UGUGUAGUUGUUAUUAUGUUCAUAUUAUGUGUGCACCGGGUCCAUGCACCAAUCUCUCGUCACACCCAAAACCGGUGCCUCGGUUCACAGUUCGAAACGCAUAAAUACUCGGCCCGUUACAACUCAAAACCCCGCCGCAUAAUUAAAAAAAAAAAAACGAAAAAAAAUAUUAUGCGCCCCUCCCGCACCGUUGCAAACACUUCCUCGCUCCGCCGCUUCUUCUCCUCGGCCUCCCCGAUCCGGGAUAACCAAUCCCGGAAUAAUAAGAAAAAGUUAUCCCGGAAUAAGAAGCGGAGCUCCGUCGCCGACGCCGAGGUGGUGCGAUGGAACAAGGCGAUCACCUCGCACAUGCGCAGCGGCCGCUGCGGCGCCGCGGAGCUCCUCUUCCGCCGCAUGCCGCGGCGCAGCGUCGUCUCCUACAACGCCAUGCUCUCCGGGUACGUCUCCAAUGGCCUCCUCCCCCUCGCCCUCCGCCUCUUCCGCGCCAUGCCCCGCCGCGACGCCACCUCGUGGAACACCAUCCUCCACGGCCACGUCCUCCACCGCGACCUCGCCGCCGCACGCCGAGUGUUCGACGAGAUGCCCCAGAGAGACCCCGUCUCCUGGAACAUCAUGAUCUCCGCGUGCGCCAACAACGGGCUCGUCGAGCUCGCCAGGGACUUCUUCGAGCGCGCCCCGGCGAAGAACGCCGUGUCCUGGAACGGGGUCCUCGCCGCGUACGCCCGGAACGGGCGCUUGGAGGCCGCGCGGGAGCUGUUCGACUCGAACCCUAGCUGGGAGAUCGUCUCCUGGAACGCCAUGAUCGCCGGAUACGCCCAAAGGAAGCGGAUGGCCGAUGCGCGGGAGCUGUUCGAUCGAAUGCCCGAGCGGGACGCGGUGUCGUGGAACACUGUGAUCUCCGGCUACGCGCAAUGCGGCGACAUGGUGGAGGCAAAACGCCUUUUUGACACUUCGCCGCACCGAGACGUUUUCACUUGGACCGCUAUGGUAUCUGGGUACGCACAAAAUGGGAUGUUGGAUAAUGCGAGGAAAGUGUUCGAUGUAAUGCCUGAGAGAAAUCAGGUCUCAUGGAACGCGAUGAUUGCCGCGUACAUACAGCACAAAAUGAUGGACAAAGCGAAGGAUCUGUUCGAUCAGAUGCCGUGCAGGAAUGUCUCGUCGUGGAACACGAUGAUCACAGGUUACGCGCAGGUGGGAAAUAUUGAAGAGGCCCGGUCGCUGUUUGACACGAUGGCCGAACGAGAUUCGGUCUCGUGGGCUGCAAUGAUCGCCGGGUACUCACAGAGUGGGUUCGGCGAGGAGGCGCUGAAGCUGUUUAUAGAGAUGGGGAGGAGCGGUGAGAGGAUGAAUAGGUCGGCGUUUACCUGUGCUUUAAGCACGUGUGCGGACAUUGCCGUAUUGGAAUGCGGGAUGCAGGUACACGGUAGGCUUAUGAAGGCUGGAUACGGGAUGGGUUGUUUUGUGGGCAACGCGCUGAUCGCGAUGUAUUUUAAGUGUGGUAGUAUAAAGGAAGCUUUAGAAGCAUUUGAAGUGAUGGAGGAGAGGGAUGUGGUUUCGUGGAAUACCAUGAUCAUGGGUUAUGCGAGGCACGGACUUGGAAAGGAAUCUCUCGGAGUUUUCGAUACAAUGAUGAGGACCACAAACACUAAGCCGGAUGAUAUUACCAUGGUUGGAGUCUUAUCAGCUUGUAGCCAUGCUGGAUUGGUGGAAAAGGGCAUUUCCUACUUCUACUCGAUGCAUCGAGAUUUCGGUGUAACAGCAAAACCCGAGCACUACACUUGCAUGAUCGAUCUCCUUGGCCGGGCUGGGCGCUUGGAAGAAGCCCUAGAUCUAAUGGCAAAAAUGCCCUCCGAACCCGAUUCAACUAUGUGGGGCGCUUUAUUAGGUGCGAGUAGAAUUCAUCGAAACACCGAAUUAGGUGAGAAGGCCGCAAAAAUGAUCUUUGAGAUGGAACCUGAUAAUGCCGGAAUGUAUGUUUUGCUUUCGAAUAUAUAUGCUGCUUCUGGAAAAUGGAAUUAUGUAGAUAAAAUGAGGGUUUUGAUGCAUGAGAGAGGUGUAAGGAAGGUGCCUGGAUUUAGCUGGAUUGAAGUUAAGAAUAAGGUCCACACUUUUUCAGUUGGGGACUCUAUUCAUCCCGAGAAGGAGAAGAUUUAUGAAUUUCUUGAAGAAUUGGAUAAGAAAAUGAAAAAGGCAGGCUAUGUAUCGGCGACUGAGAUAAUUCUGCAUGAUGUGGAGGAGGAAGAGAAAGAGCACAUGCUUAAGUACCACAGUGAGAAGCUCGCUGUUGCAUUUGGGAUAUUGAAUGUGCCUAUCGGAAGGCCGAUUCGGGUGAUUAAGAACCUUAGAGUGUGCAAGGACUGUCAUAAUGCGAUCAAGUAUGUGUCUGCGAUCGAGAAUAGGCUGAUUAUUUUAAGGGAUUCUAAUCGGUUUCACCAUUUCAGUGGUGGGUCUUGCUCAUGUGGCGAUUAUUGGUAGAGUAUUUCAGUCCAAAAAUCUUCUGACUUUAAGAUUAUGUCCUGUCAGCGGAGAGCAUAAAACGAACACAAAAGGUGGCGUGUAAAUGAGAAAGAUCGAGUUGGAAAUUCCAUAGCAGUGAGAAAAGUAGUGUUUCAGAGCUGCAUCAACAAUGCUGGCUUGAUGUGGUUUUCACAAAGUUCAUCUAGAUGGAUAUGUUACUAUUGAUAAGAGAGGGUUUUUAUGGUUAAUUUCCUCUCUAUUCUGACCGGGGAUUGUACUAUGUAAUGCAUGGCAAUGAACAACUUAAAGAGGGCCAAACUGAUAAUAAACAGUUCCGAAUCAGACUGAGCUACUGGAAUCGCCUCGAAUUCAUUUCCUUCAAAGCAUAUUUUCAUGCUUUGUCCCAGCUGAUGUAUUUUACAAAGUUGAAGCUGCAAUUGAGCAAUUUUGCUAUAUGAAGUACAUGCUUUUUACCUGGCAGACACUCCAGACUGAGACUGCAGAUAUUCGGAAGCUUUUCGAGCAAUUUGUAUCAUAGCUUGAAAUCUCCUCGCUGUCCUAUGCUCCCGCUGCCAUGAGCAGGGUUUCAAUUUUUGCUGCUACUCUCCAUCCGAGAUCAAGCUGCACUAAAGGCCAGGUCUGUUCCCCCUCGCACCAAACCUCCAAGGGUGGGUCCUUUUUACGAAAUAAUGGUCGCAGAAAGUGUUUUUUUAGCUGAAAGUAGAGCCUUCUCCGAAAGAAAUUUAGUGAACUAGCCUUUAUAUUGGUGACGUGUGCGAGCUGUCCUACAUCCUCCUUGCCACCGUGCCGCCGUCCUCCUCUCUUACGUCCUGUGUUGCUGUACUCCGCCAUGCCUGCUUCGUCAACCAUCUCAUCCCUUGCUGCAAAUUGCAGUUGUACCGUUCACCGCCUUCAAUGCACACUCACUUCAUCUGCAUUCUCAACCCCUCUGCGACAAGCAGGAUUUGUGCCAACCCUAAGUUGGGGCCACAAACUUUAGUUUAUAGGUGUAGAUAUAGAAGUAUGGAUGAGUGAUGGGGCGACGUGGCCUAGCCAUAUGUCGAAGUCUCUACAGAAGUGUUGUUUGAAUACAUUUGUUCAAUGAAUUGUUAGCGGUUAUCUCAUUA